GUGAGGUUGUGGCGCCGGGGACGGGCGGAGGGAGGGACGAUGAGUGUCACAGGUUCGCUGUCUGCUCCGGGCAGGAUUAACCCCUCCCGCGAGUGCCGGUGGCAGCGCGAGCCCCGCUCGGGCCCCCGUGGCGCUGCAGCCCCUUCCGCUGGGGAUCUCUAACAGCCUCACUGGGACGUCCUGUUGCCAGCUGGGGGCCUCGUUCCGCUCCGCGGCUGAGCGAGGCCUCGCGCCGCCCGCAGCUCCGAGAGCUCCGGCUCCGGGUCGCGGAGCGCCUCCCGGGCCGCGGCCGUCGCCCGCCGCGCCGCCGUCGUCCGCUGCAGCCUCCCCGUCCCCGCCGGCCGCGACUGGGUGCUGCUCGAGGGCCCGAGGCAGCUCCGCUGCUGAGCUCGGUCGCGAAUCGCCCCCUCUCUGCUCGGGCGGCUUCAGCAGCCCCAGCCGCACCUGCGGAAAGUUUGCCAUAUUUCGUUUGACGCAACGCUGUUGAUUUGUGGAUGGCUGUAACACAGACAGCUGUCGAACGAAAACACGCAUGGGUACACGCACCCAGGAGGGAAGUUGGCCCGAAACUCCAACAAAAAGCCCGAAAAAUACUGGAGGGGCCCAGAUCCAGCUGCCGCCCAGGACGUUGUUGGCGCGUCGCGUAAACAGGCGGCGUGAGGCGAGCGCAGAGUCAGCGGUAUUUCGAUACCCCCGCGUGGAGCUAUGGGGGCAGUUGCGUUGUAUCCGUCGGCCUAACGUUCUGCCUUGGCCGUUUGGCCGCCGAGACUAUAAAAAUAGCUUCGAUUUUAUGAUUGAGGUGAAGAUAAGGAAUAUUUAGGUGUGUGUGCGGGGGGGUUCUUCGUUUUCUUGGAGAAGUUGAGAACAUGAAGCGUUUUUGUAAAACAGAAGAUCUUAGUCCGUGAGGAAGUGAAGUGACUCGGAGAGUUUUGAAAUUUCAGCCUGAUAGUAUGUUAAAAGCUGAACAUCAUCAUGAAUUUUAAUCACAUUAGAAAACAGUUUUUUCUUCUUUAACACUUACUAAGUUCUAAAUAUUUCAGAGAAAGAACACUUAAAAAUUCAGUGCUUUCAUCCAUUUUCAGUAUUUUUUAGAAUUACAAGUUUUAGAGCUUGAGAUAUAUAUAUACACACAUACAUAUGUACACACAUAUACACACACUUGAGACCUUGCAGAGCUUUCUCAAAAAGAUCAUGGAAAACCACACUUAGUAUUGUUCCCAUUUCCAGUAUGUACAUAAGCAUGUGGGGGAGUGUGAGCAAUGAAACAGAGCACAACUGCAUUUGGAAGAAAAUCCUCUAUAUCAGUUUACUGCAAAUCAAGUCUGACUGGCACAGACUUCAUGUGCAACCUUGGGAAAACCAUUUGCUUUGUCAUUUUUGUGAGGGAGCGUGGAACUUGUGAAGAAGAGUCUACUAUUACAUUGAACUAUUAAACCGUAUUUGAAGAAUUUUUUUUCCAUGAACUGAAUUCCUACAAAAAAUGUUGUUGGUUCAGAUCUGACCUAUGAUAAUACCUUGAAAGAGUAUGAAUGUUUCAGCGAACUGCCUCUUCAGUGGUUCCUCAUUAGCAUCUGAAGUGCAUGCUGCUGCUGUUAAUGGAGAUAAGAGUGCCCUCCAAAAGCUAAUAGCAGAAAACUCUGAGCUGAAAGAUAAGGAGGACCAGUUUGGAAGAACUCCGCUUAUGUACUGUGUACUGGCUGACAGGCUGGACUGUGCUGAGGCAUUGCUGAAGGCAGGAGCAGAUGUUAAUAGAGCUGAUCGUAGCCGAAGGACUGCUCUCCAUCUUGCUGCACAAAAGGGAAAUUACCGCUUCAUGAAACUUCUGCUGGCUCGUAGAGGGAACUGGAUGCAGAAGGACUUAGAAGAUAUGACACCAUUACAUUUAACUACACGUCACAAAAGCCCAAAAUGUUUAGCUUUGCUGCUAAAACAUAUGGCACCUGGAGAAGUGGAUACACAGGACAGAAAUAAGCAAACUGCAUUGCAUUGGAGUGCCUACUACAAUAACCCAGAGCACGUGAAACUUCUCAUAAAGCAUGAUUCAAAUAUUGGAAUCCCUGAUAUUGAAGGAAAAAUCCCACUUCACUGGGCAGCUAACAACAAGGACCCUAGUGCAAUUCACACAGUGAAAUGUAUUCUGGAAGCUGCACCUACAGAAUCUCUGCUUAACUGGCAAGACUACGAAGGGCGAACUCCCCUUCAUUUUGCUGUUGCUGAUGGGAAUGUAGCUGUUGUUGAUGUCCUGACCUCUUACGAAGGCUGCAAUGUGACAUCUUAUGACAACUUGUUUCGGACUCCUCUUCACUGGGCAGCCUUGCUUGGUCAUGCAGAGAUUGUACAUCUCUUAUUAGAAAGAAACAAGAUUGGAACUAUCCCAUCUGACAGUCAAGGUGCAACACCGCUACAUUAUGCAGCACAAAGCAACUUUGCUGAAACAGUUGAAGUGUUUUUGAAACAUCCUUCUGUAAAAGAUGACUCAGAUCUUGAGGGAAGAACAUCCUUCAUGUGGGCAGCUGGGAAAGGCAGUGAUGAUGUCAUUAGGACUAUGCUGAAUUUGAAACUGGAUAUUGAUAUCAAUAUGACAGACAAAUAUGCUGGCACAGCAUUACAUGCUGCUGCACUUUCUGGCCAUGUCAACACAGUGAAAUUGCUGUUGGAACACAAUGCACAGGUAGAUGCUUUGGAUGUCAUGAAACACACUCCACUUUUCCGAGCCUGUGAGAUGGGACACAAAGAAGUAAUACAAACGCUCAUUGAAGGAGGAGCAGGAGUAGAUUUAGUUGACCAAGAUGGCCAUUCGCCCCUUCACUGGGCAGCCUUGGGAGGAAAUGCUGAUGUGUGCCAAAUCUUGAUAGAAAAUAAAAUCAACCCAAAUGUGCAGGAUUAUGCAGGUAGAACACCUCUGCAGUGUGCUGCAUAUGGAGGUUACAUUAACUGCAUGGUAGUGUUACUGGAAAACAACGCAGAUCCGAAUAUUCAAGAUAAAGAGGGAAGAACUGCUUUACACUGGUUGUGUAACAAUGGCUACCUUGAUGCUAUAAAGUUGCUGCUUGGUUUUGAUGCUUUCCCUAAUCAUAUGGAGAACAGUGAGGAGAGAUAUACUCCCCUUGAUUAUGCCUUGCUUGGUGAACACCAUGAGGUGAUUCAGUUCAUGUUAGAACACGGGGCUCUGUCUAUAGCUGCCAUACAGGACAUUGCUGCUUUCAAAAUUCAGGCUGUCUACAAAGGAUACAAAGUUAGAAAAGCUUUUCAGGAGAGGAAGAAUCUUUUAAUGAAACAUGAACAGCUGAGAAAAGAUGCAGCUGCCAAGAAACGUGAAGAAGAAAGUAAGAGAAAAGAAGCCAAGCUGCAGAAAGGAAUGCAGAACUUGGAACAAAAUAGGUUUCGAGUACAACAGAAUUUGGGAAAUCAAGAGAAGACCAGCAAUGUCAUGCAGUUAUCUAAUAAACAAAGUGAUAUGCAGAGUAAGAGACCUCUUUCCUGCAAUGCUUCUCAAAUCCAAUCAGGGAGAAACAGUGGAGGUUCACCUAAGGCUUGUCACAGCAAAGGGACCCCAAAGGAGAGUUGCCUGUCUGCAGAGCCUCAGAGUGAAGGUCUUAAAAUCAGGCAAGCUAAAGAAUUACUGAGAAAACACACCAAAAGCAAGUCAACUUGUGUCCAUUUCCGUUGUGGGAAAGAAAAUGAGGGAAGAAAAAGUGAAGUGAAACAUCAAGUUGCAGCUGCUACACAGCUGGAUGGAGAAAAGCAUGACUAUACCAUUGAGGCAAAUGAUACCUUUGCUCAUGGGAACAGAAAGCAUACUUCUGCUUGUACAAUCACUAGCGUUGGGGAAAAGUCAAGAAUUCAAGGUCAGUCUUCAUCUGGUAACGGGGACCAUUGUGAAAGAACUGCUGUGUUCUUGUGCAAUGCCAGUUGUACUACUGGAAUUGCAAGAAAUUCCAGGCAGCAUGAAACUGUUUCAAAAGGCAAAAGGCAUCAUCAAAAACCAGGAAAUAAAGAGGUAAAUGAUGAGAGAUGUUCACCAGCUGGCUCUAGUAGACCAGGAAGUGCCAAAAUGAUAUUUGUAAACACCAGAAAUGACAGUGUGCAUGCUGUAGAACAAACUAACAAUGUGGGAAAUAAUGAAUUAGCAAAAAAACCCUGUCCUUUAUUGUCUACUGCGGCAGAAUCUACAAGAACGGUGCCGAGAUAUCCAUCAGCAUGUUCUCUUUCUGAUGACAGUUUUAACUUGGAAAAAACAGACAUAAUUGGGUCCAGGAAUGCAGGUGAUCAAUUAUAUUCUUCUGUCACAUGGCAAAGUACGAAUAUUGAACAAAUCCCUUUAGAGAUUCGAAUGCAGGUAAUAGAAAAAGAAAGAACAAGAAAAGAGCUUUUUCGGAAGAAGAACUAUGCUGCUGCUGUUAUACAGAGGACAUGGAGAAGUUACCAGCUAAGACGGGAGUUGUUUCAGCUGCUUAGGGCUAAGCGGCAGUGCAAAGAAGAUGAAGACAAAUGGAGACAAGAGACAGCUGCCUUCUUCAUUCAGGUUGCUUGGAAGAAACAACUGAGCCAUAACCCUCUGAAAUCAGAAUCUUCAUGCAAAAAUCUAAAAUCUAUAAACAAAGCCAGUUCAGCCAUAAAAACAAGCAAGCAGUCCAUCCUUAAGCAGAUAUAUGGACGUUCUCAGGAAGGCAAAGUGUAUCAGCCAGCAAGACCUCCUUCUAAGCUUAAACUUUCUGAAGUGCAUCUGGCCUCAGUAAACAACCUACAGUAUGUUAAUUUGCUGGAGAACAUGGGAAAAUCAAAGCAGUUUUCAUACAACAUGAGAUCAACCACUGCUGCAAAAUUGAAAAACACAAGACUCAAGUAUUAAGCAAAAUGGAACGGUUAGAACUUAAAGAACAUUGUCCUGUAUAAUUGGUAUUUUUUGUAAUGUAAGAACCUAUCAAACUACAACAGGUAUUUUCAGUUUUGUAUUUAUCUCAGCAUUACAUGACAAGCAGACUUCCAGGGGAGCUGGACUCAUUUUAUUUUGUGUGCAAAUUGGUUUAAAUGCAACAGUUAAUUUUCUGUUUCCAAAUGCAAUUCAGAUUUCAUCCUGUCAGUAAAUAAAUUAAGUGCUAAGACCAGCAUUAUAAUGAGGUUGCAGUAGCUUGAUUUUCUUAAGUUUCCCAUUCUCAAAAGUAGGUAUUUUUAAUGUGUUCAUUAAAUGUAGUUUCAAAGGAGAGGAAAACUGUGCUAAAGAUGCAACAGUUCUGAAAGACUGAAGUUAGAUUUCACCCCAAAUUUAUUAAAUGUAUUUCACAAUCCAAACAGGAAAGGAAGAACAGCCUUCAUGUGCCAAUUUUGUACCAAAGAAACAAGUUAUGUCUUAGCUUGCUAUGGAUUUAGAGGGAUAAACAGAAAUGUUGACAGGAAAAAAGAUAUAUAUAUAUUUUAUAUAUAAAAAUAUAUAUAUUUACUGAGUGAUAUAUAUUUACUGAUAUAUAUAUUAUUAUAUAUAAUUAUAUUUUUUAUAUAUAUCACUCAAUAAACAAACUUCUCUCCACAGCCGGUUUUUUUAUCCUUUGAUAUAAUCACCAGUUUUUUCCUCAUUAAUGAAAUAACUGUCUUUAUACAUGCACAAGAGGAGUCUUCUUUCUCCAAAAGACAAGAGAAGAUGGGCCUGUUCUGGAAGGAAACCCAAGUCCUUUAUAAUAGUUUUGGAACUGCCUAUGCAAAAUAUGUAUGUUGCAGAAAGUCUUUAAAAGUAUGAAGUCACCAAAAAUAAAAAAAUUGCUCUAGUUUCAAA